GUGGUGAGUUGAAGAUGAAGAAACGCUCUUAUAUUGUGGUGGUAGUAAUGGUGAUAGUGAUGGCAGUGCUUUUAGGAGAAGCGUCUGUGGCAGAGGCGGUGACGUGCAGUCCCCUGGAGCUGAGCCCAUGUGUGGGGGCGAUCACAUCAUCGCAGCCACCGUCAAGGACUUGCUGUGACAAGGUAAGGGAGCAGAGGCCAUGCCUUUGUGGGUACCUCAAGGACCCUAAUCUCAGGCAGUAUGUCAACUCUCCCAAUUCUAGAAGGGUUGCUAGCACUUGUGGUGUUCCUACACCCACUUGCUAAGAUGGA